AUGAGAAGCACAUACGGUGACUUUGAGCCUCCGACAGGCUGCAUCACAGUUGACGUAUCUAAGCUUGAUCUUCGACCAGAUGAGGACAUCGUCAAAGAGCUCACGGGGAAGCCACACCCCGUGACUUCCGAGAAGAACUUAUGUAUGUCUGGAAGUGCUUCGAACGGCACUCUACACCUGAGUCUUGACCAAUCUGCUGACACUAGCAGGGACACUGGCUUCGGCGACAUGCCAGCUUACAAUCAACGCAACCUAAUCAACUGGUACCGUCGCUAUGGUAAAUCCGGCUGGCAAGUACGGCUUGUUGAUGCAAUCCCGGGCUCACCAAAUAACGCCCGCAACUUCGUCACAGACGAAAACCUGCCAGCAGCAUAUCUCGAAAACACCCUUGACGGCGACUGGAAGCCCCAGUGGCAAUCGGACCUCGUGCGCUUCCCUCUCCUGCUCCGUUACGGAGGCAUAUACGUGGACCCCUCGACGAUCCUACUGCAUAGUCUGGGCCAGGUAUGGGACCUCGUCGCAUCGCCACAGACACCAUACGAGUUCUUCUGCAUGCGCAACGGCGGCGACGACAGCGCCCAACUCACCAACUUCUUCUUCGGUUGUCGUGCUAAUAACGCUCUGGUGCAACUCGCGCACAAGCUGUACCUACACCUCUGGGAGGGCGCAACCAAUUCCGCAGGCAUGCACAAGCACCCCCUCAUCGCUUUCGCCGGUCUAAUCAAGGUGUCGACGGGCAUGCGCUUCCACGGGGUAAAGAUGCCGCUCGACAUGGACGAAGUCACCGACUACCUCACGCAGGGGAUUGUCAUUACCGCAAUCUUGCACACCAAGGACGAGGAGGCGGGCUGGGAUGGUCCCGAGUAUUUCAGGGAGAAGUGCUUCACCCUGGAUAUGCUAUCGGACGCCAUGAUUGUCGAUCAAUAUACCGGAUUUGAUGGCGAGCGAGGCGCCAGGAUGCUGGCGUUGCCUGUAGACGCGUCGGUCAUCACUAAUGAGGAAGAAAUGGAGCUGCACAAGGAGACGGCGACACUCGUAACGGACAUCGUUACGCGUGGCUUUUGCCUGAAACUCCCAACUGGCGCGAUCAAUAAGUAUGUCGCUGGCGGCGCGUUGGCGCACUAUUGGAAGCUGAGCAAUGCCGCGGGCGAUCAUGUUGACGCAAAGCCGGGCACGUGGGCGGCGUACUUGAGGCAUGCGAGCGUGUAUUGGGAUUAG